AUGACCCGCGUCCGCGCGCGGACGUGCCCGUGCACGGACGACGCGCCGCCCCCGGAGCUGGCGUCGUACAUGCGUCUCUUACAGGCGCAUUGCGUGCUCCCUCUGCGCAGCCUCACGCGCCCGGGGGCUAUUUUUUCCGGCUACGCCGCUGAGCUCUCGCCGUUCUGCGGCUUGUCAUGGACUGGCUCGGGGUCGCUGCGCUUUCGUUUCGUGUCUGACGCGGUGAAACGCGUUGACAUGUGCAAUAGAGAGGACGUUCACGCGAUUCACCGCGUCAUGGACGUGCUGGGGCUGUUCCACUGCCCGUCGCUGGACCAAAGCACGGGGCUGCAGGCCGCGUACGUGCAUUUCCACGCAUCAGUGCGACGGUUUUCCGCUCUGCUGAUGAACAAACUCUUUGCUUCCGAGCACAUUUUUGAAGACCUGCAGGCCGUGCAAGAGUACGAACGGCUAGACGACCUCGUGAUGUUCCUAAAUGACUACGAACUGCAAGGCAUGGGCGAGUCGACCGUGAGUCUGCACUUGCACGUCGUAAUGAACUCACUCGCGGUGCACAUUGUCAUGUCGCUCGAGAGCGCGAUUCGAUCGGUAACGUCGUCGCUGGCCGUGGCCGGCAACUUGACGUUGACGGCAGAUUUAAUUUCAGCAGGCCGAUAA